GAAAGGAGAGCAUGGAAUGGCUUAUGAACGUGAUCAGCCUUUUGAGACCAGCAGAAGUGAAGAUAAUGCAGUCAGGGCUGAAAAUAUAAACCAAGAUCUGGAUCCGGAAAGUCCCACCUGUGCGGCUGGGGAGGUACAAUUCCAAAGAGGAAGAUGCCGCUUCUCCUUGUGCUGAGUUUGCUGGCGAUACCACAACUGGGGCAUGGAGCAUUCCAUCUGAACAUCACAGAAGGUUGCAAACUCAUCUUCCCUCCUUGGGAUGGUGGUAUCCGCUACCGAGGCCUGACCCGUGAGCAGGUGAAGACCGCCCACUUCCUCCCCUUCGACUACGAGAUUGAAUAUGUCUGCCGUCCAGAGAGGGAAAUUGUGGGGCCCAAAGUACGAAAAUGCCUCCCCAAUGGCACCUGGACCGACAGUGAUGUCGAAAGCCGCUGCUUACGCACUUGUCCCAAGAUGCACCUGAACCUGGAGAAUGGGCAAGUCAAUGUCCGGGCAAUUGAACGGGUGCCCGUUGAAGGCACCUGGCUGGAGUAUCGCUGCAACCCUGGCUUUUACCUAGUGGGCAGUCCCCACAGCAAUUGCACCAAGGUGGGCCGCUGGAGCUCCGCCAAACCUGUCUGCGAGUUGUGGCGUCCUCCUGUUUCCCGGUCUGGAUCAGGUCUUCCACUCUGGCAGCCUGUUCCAGCUGAUGCUAGUAGGUGA